CCUGUCGUCGUGCUUUCAUCGCUCACAGCUGCCCGGCGAUCCCCUCGUCUGCACCCAGGCGACACCCGAAUCUGCAGCCAGUCCCGUAGGCGUGGUGCAUCUGUAUCUUCGAUCAUCCGCAGCAGCGACAGCGGUGCCGGAAUGAACAUCUGCCGCCCAUACCUGGCCAAGCUGUGCUCCACGCUUUCUGGUGGACCCGUCGUCUCUGGAUGCCGCUGGGUCUCCAAUGGCCCAAGAUUCCCUUUCCACAGUGUCAAGGAUAUCAAGAACUGGGAUCUCGACUCGGACCACCAGAUUUUGCCCCCGCCCUCAACUAUCUUCGCGCCGUCAAAGGGACGCAGAACGAGACAUGACAACUUCCUAGACUUCAAGCGCAUCCGGGUUACUGCCGGCGGCGGCGGCGACGGCUCCAUCGCAUUUUCCCAUUCGGCCGUCCAACCCUUUGGCCCUCCUUGCGGCGGAAAUGGUGGUCGCGGAGGCAACGUCUACAUUAUGGCCUGCAAGGACAUCACCUCGCUCAACGGCAUCCUGAACAACUACACUGCCGCCAACGGCACCAUGGGCAGCUCAAACAACAUGCAUGGUGCCAACGGCGAAGAUAUGGUCAUCCGUGUACCUGUUGGAACGCUGGUACGGCAAGUUCAAGCACCAAUCUAUGCGUCAUCGACAGCGGCCGAGCUUGGCGACGACGAAGGCGGAGUCGAAGCUGUUGGUCAGGACGAGACCGAGAACGCCGACGAAGACGAAAUAGAUGUGGAGGAGCAAAACGAGAUCUACGCCGAGCAGAUGAUGCGACUACUCGAAAAGCAUUUCAAGUUCAAGACCAACUACCGGCCCCGAGAAGAUCGUGCCCGCUGGCUGAUGGAGCGUUUGCCCCCGAAGCCGUAUGUUCCGCCGCCUGUUCUGCUGGACCUGACGGUUCAUGGAGAGAAGCAUCUGAUUGCCCGAGGCGGGCGUGGCGGCCAGGGAAACCCCCAUUUUGUAACCCACGAGAUCAAGGGUCCGGCCAUUUGUGAGCGAGGCGAGAAGAAGGAGCCGGUUUGGCUCGAGUUCGAGCUCAAGUCGAUCGCCGAUGCAGGGCUUGUCGGGUUGCCGAAUGCCGGAAAGUCGACGCUAUUGGCCGCGAUCUCCAAUGCUCAUCCCAAGAUUGCGCCGUAUCCGUUCACAACCCUGAAUCCGUAUAUCGGCACGAUCGACUACAGUGACUUCUGGACCAUGACUCUUGCCGACAUUCCUGGGUUGGUGGAAGGCGCCCAUCUCAACUACGGCCUGGGCCACCAGUUUCUGAAGCACGUCGAGCGCACCAAGGUUCUAGUCUAUGUAGUCGAUCUGGCAGGCAAGGAACCCUGGCGGGACUUUGAGAUUCUCCAGGCCGAGCUGGAGGCAUACAAGACCGGACUGACCGCUCGGCCGACACUUGUUGUCGCCAACAAGGCUGAUCUUCCAAGGGCCCGGUCGAACAUGGAGGAGUUCCAAACCAAGGUGCAAUACCCGAUUGUACCCAUCUCUGCCAAAGAGCGUCGAAACAUUACGCACCUAACCGGGGCCCUGAGAUCGAUUGUCGAGAAGGCCGGAGCCCAAGGCUGAUCUGAGCCUGGAUGAUCGCCGUAAUGGCGUAUGCCGUAUGGCGUAUGGCGUAUGCCGUAUGGCGUAUGCCGUAUGCCGUAUGCCGUAUGCCGUAUG